UUUAGGGGUGGUUUUCAGAUUAUUUUUGUUAUUAAUUUUUUCUGCAAAACGUUAUGAAAUCAGAGGAUUUUUGGCUGUAGUGUAGUGAUAACGUGCGUGAAAAAUUGUUACUGAUGAAAAAAUUGACUCAAAUGUAGUGAAGUGACUUCAUAACCUUACAUUUGCUCUUCCAAUAUUAUUGUUAUUUGAGUUAUUACUAAAAGUAUAUUAUGAUGGAAAGUUCGUGUUCGGAACUCCAAAAGGUCCUAGUUGACGUGUUGAGUGACCUGAAGUACAUGUCGACUCAAGUUAUAAAAAAGUCGGAUAAAUUAUUGAACGACGUAGAAUCACUUAAUCCGAGUUCCGUUGAGCCUUUAGCGCAAAAUUUUAAAACUCUCAUCGAGCGGAUAAAUAUAAAUGUGGGCGAGUUUGUAAACACAUUCAAUUCGGCCUUUGAAACGUACAAAAAAGCAGACGAAGCGGAGAAAUCCAAAACUGCGUCUAGUCUUAAGACUCGGGAGGAUCUUCCUGAAGUAAAAGCCGUAACCCAAGAGACUGACAUAGAUUUAGUGUGUGAUAUUGACUCAAAUGCACAAUUGCCAGGAACUUCCGGUACUCUAGACAUUCCUACUGUAGAUAUCCAAGAUGACAAAAGUGAUGAUGGUAGUGAGACUGAUUGUGACGAGCCCACAUUGCGAAAUUUUGAUAUUCCUUUAGCUGAUGGCUCCGUAGAUGACGUAGCCGGAGAAUUAAAAAAGGCUUUAGAUGAACUGACUAGCCAAGACGAAACAAAACACGAAAUUAGGCAUCAUUUUGAGACUGCGAGUUUUGAUUUUGACGAUGUAGAUGAACAGUUGACUGUUGCAAUAGAAAAAGCCAAAGAUAGCCCAGGUCGCGGACAAGAAGACAAUCAUGAACUUUUGGAUUUGUUGAAUAAAGCAGUCGACGACUCUGACGUGGAUUUGAUAACUAAGGGCGAUCAAGCCUUACAGAUUUUAGAAGAGGAUAUGUCAUUAUCAAGUUGUCAGGAUUCAUUCUCGGAUGAUUCUUUGUCUGAUGAUGAUAAUUCCGAUAAUGAAGUAAACCGUAAAAACGAAGAUAAUGUUGAAGACUUUUGCUCUUCCGUAGCUGCAGAAGACUGCCAAAAUUUUUCUCUAAAAUUACGACGCAUUGAUAGCAGUGAUGGAGAAAUAGAUAGAUUAUGUAACACGGACACACUCAAACGAAAAUGUAAAAAAAUAACAGCACGACAUAGGAAAAAGAAAUACAGGCGAUUAAUACCUUUGGACAGUUCUUCGUCGUCAUCAUCGUCUGAGGAUGAAAAUUCCUCAGAUGGUUCUGUAACGCCUGAUCUCAUUAUAGACGAACAACGCCCUUCUUCACCUGUUUUUGGUGAUGAUGCGGAAAAUGAGGCACUUGCGGCUUUGGCCGAUAAUUUAGUGGACAGAUUGGACUCAGGUGAAUCAAGUUCAGAUUCGGACACUACUGAGGAAGAGGAGCCAGCUAAGAAGAAAAGGAAAAUGACGCCUGAAAAUAUGGAUGAAAGUAAAAAUGUAAAGACUACAACCGAAGACAAGGAUACGAGUAGUUCGAGUUUGGACGAAGAAACGAUUCCAAAACGCAAAAGCUGGAAAAACGAUCCUUUGCUUCGCAGUUCGAGCUCAGACAGCGAUUCGGAUGCAGAUUCGUUGGUAUUCCAUGUGAGAGAUAAAAGAACAAAAGAUAACACUGAUCUGAACGAAAACGUUGUCAAAGUUAAUAAUAACAGCGACAAGAGAAAUGUCGUGGAAAUUGAAAAUCUUGAUUCAGAUCAGGAAAGUAUUAGUGAAAAUAAAAAUGAAAUUAAGGUAGCAAAUAACAAUUUCGAAACUAUGAUUAUAACUGAUUCGUCUGAUUCAAGUUCUGACAGUGACGAUGUUCUUAUCGUUGAGGAUGAAACGGGUGGAACGAAAGGGCGCAGAAACAUCAGGGCUAUUUUAAGUGACGAUGAACUUAACGAAUUAACUCAGCAAGCCAAAAAUGAAGAAAAUGAGAGAAUUAUGCGACUCGCCGAGCAUUCCAAAAAUAUCGAGUCAAUACAAUCCCAACACGAAGACUUUAUAUUAGAUUUUGAUGUAAAGACUGGCGAACCUCUAGUCACCGUGGACCACAAACUCGCAAAAAUGUUGAAACCUCAUCAAAAAAGCGGUAUUCAAUUCAUGUGGGAAGCAUGUUACGAAUCAGUUGAAAUUUUAAAAACCAAGCCAGGAUCGGGCUGCAUUCUAGCCCAUUGCAUGGGCUUAGGAAAAACCCUCCAAGUCAUCACUUUAAUCCACACCCUCUUCACGCAUCCUGUCACAAAAACAAAACAUGUUCUGGUGGUGUGUCCGCUGUCUACUGUGAUCAAUUGGAAGAACGAGUUUAAGAAAGCCUUCAAACAAUUGGAUAAUCCGCCCGAUAUUUAUCCUUAUUGGAUUAUUAAAGGUGAUAUUAGUGAGAAAAUAAAUAUUAUACAUACGUGGCGCCAAACUGGUGGUGUUUUAAUCCUGGGUUACGACGCUUAUCAAAUUAUAACCAACGAGAAAACAGCUUUAAGAAUAACAGCUGUAGAAAAGCAACGGGCUUUGGAAGCUCUCGUUGAUCCAGGACCUGAUUUGAUUGUUUGCGACGAAGGCCACCAACUUAAAAAUGGUAAAACUCUAAAGACGCAAGCUUUAAUGAAGGUGAAAACGAAACGAAGGAUUGUUCUCACAGGGACGCCACUACAAAAUAAUCUGAAAGAAUAUUAUUUUAUGGUCCAGUUUGUUAAGCCCCAUCUUUUGGGAACGUACUUAGAGUACACGAACAGGUUUGCUAGUCCAAUUAUGAAUGGACAGUUUCAUGACUCGACACCUGGAGAUAUCAAAUUGAUGAAGAAGAGGACACAUGUUCUCACCAAAAUGCUCAAAAACACAAUUCAUAGAGUGGAAGGUAGUGUCUUGUCAACGUAUCUGCCAGAAAUUACAGACUAUACGAUAUUCAUAAAAUUAACUCCAUUGCAAAUUGAUCUUUACACCCGUUACAUAGAUUUGGUGACUGGACAGGCCUCCAAUCUGAGUUCAACAUUCUUCCAUGACGUGAGAAUGACAAAUUUCUGCAAUUUACAUCCCUACGCUCUUCACUUACAUUACAGCAAACCAACGUUGAAAAGAAAGGCGAAAACUGCUGGCCUGAUUGAAAAUCUCGAAGGUGAUGACAAUAAUGUGGAGCAUAUCAGAGCAGACUGGUACAAAAAUCUGCUACCAGCGGAUGUUUCCACAAAUAUAAAUUACAGUACAAAGAUCAAACUCAUUUUGGACAUAAUUAGCGAAUGCAUGCGAAAUAAUGAGAAAGUUUUGAUAUUUGGACAAUAUUUGGUCGAACUUGACAUCGUUGAGCAUUUCCUGAAACAGUUCAGGAACUGGAGACCCAAUGUAGACUACUACAGAAUGGAUGGCGACACGUCUGUGGAAAAUCGCGACAUACUGUGCAAAAAAUUCAAUUCGAAUCCCACCUCUAAAGUAUUUCUCCUCACACAUAAAGUGGGUGGACUGGGCUUGAAUUUGACAGGUGCAAAUCGAGUGAUUCUGAUUGGUUCGAAUCACAAUCCCUCCCACGACAGUCAGAGUUUAUACAGAGUGUAUCGGUUCGGCCAAGAGAGGAAAUGUUACGUUUAUCGACUUGUAUCACUCGGGACAAUGGAGGAGAAAAUUUACCACAGAUGCGUCUUGAAAUUGUCUAUAUCUGGCACCGUUGUCGAUAAGUUGCAUUUCGAUCGCCGUUACAAAACGACCGAUUUGAAAGAAAUGUACAAAUAUGAUUUCGAUAAGUACAAUAGCGAAAGACCAAUACCAGCGGUGCCAAGUGAUAUGUUGAUGGCACUGCUGUUGAAAAAUUGUCCCGAUAUCUUCGGUUACCACUUACAUAAUGCCUUACUUGAAAACCGGCCAGAAGAGGAACUGACCGAUGAGGACAAAAAGUUGGCUUGGGACGAAUUCAACAAUUUAGCAGAGGCAGCAAAACACGUAACGCAUGCUCCAGCACAAAACCAUCCCGCGGACAUUUUCCCUGUUAAUUUGACUUACCCAUUUAACCGGUUUGGACAGUACUGUGGUCCCAGGACAAAUGCACCCAAUCCGCCCAACAUUCCAAACCUAGUACUCAAUCCCAUGAGUACCAACACAAGGGGUUUUGUACCAAAGACUCAAGGGCCCUCUACCCCAAAUAACCCGUUUGUGAAUUUGCUUCUUGGUCGUAUUGGACUUGAAAACGGCGAAUUAAAAAAGAUCAUGUCAGACCGAUUUAAAAUGACAAUGGCUAAUAAAACACCUACUACUGGCGAAUUUAAUUACGCAUUAAAUAAGUUUAUUUAACUCAUUCGAGUUGCGUUUAAUUAAUUUCAAGUAUUUUUUUUCUUAAAGACACCCUUCCAUUUGCGCUCAGGUGUAUACUAAUAGGCUAUUACCAAGCUUUACAUAGAGUAAAUAAGGCAAGAACAGAAUAAGACUUUGUUUUUUAAUCAUUGUUUCUGGCUUAUUUCUUGAACAACACGUUUUGUAAUUAGAACUGAUAAUCGAUCAUUCAAUAAAAAAUAUUGAAUACGU